AUGAGGAGGAAUAUAAAGAUCGUGUUCCUCAUGGCAGCAGCCUGGAUGUUUGUUUUAUUCUACUACAUGCAGACGGAGCCACUGAAUAAGGAGGAGAACGUAGCACUACGACUGAUAAAGCAGCAUAUGGACGAACCAGAAAGCAGUCCGGCAUCACCCGAAGAAUUCACUGGCAGCACUGGCAGAUACUUCGACGAGACUGGCUACGUGACUGGCGGGGUCAGGGACAAUGACCCGUACAUCAGGAACAGAUUCAACCAAGCAGCUUCUGAUAGCCUACCGAGCAACCGACCCAUACCAGACACUAGGAACUCUAUGUGCCGCUUGAAAAAGUAUGAUGAGGAUCUACCGCAGACAAGUGUCAUCAUAACAUUCCACAAUGAAGCUCGAUCCACACUACUCAGAACUAUCGUGAGUGUACUGAACAGGAGUCCAGAGCAUCUUAUAAAAGAAAUCAUUUUAGUCGAUGACUUUAGUGAUAAUCCCGAAGAUGGUGCAGCAUUACGUGCUAUACACAAGGUCCAUGUGAUACGUAAUACAAGACGCGAGGGUCUCAUGAGGUCGAGGGUCAGAGGAGCAGACGCGGCCACAGCACCAGUAUUGACGUUCCUAGACUCACACGUCGAGUGCAAUGUACAUUGGCUGGAGCCUUUGCUACAGAGGAUUAAGGAGGACCCUACCCGGGUUGUAUGCCCAGUCAUAGACGUCAUCAGUAUGGACACUUUCCAAUACAUCGGGGCCUCGGCGGACCUGCGAGGAGGCUUUGACUGGAAUUUAGUGUUCAAGUGGGAGUACCUAUCACAAGCUGAGCGUGGCGCAAGAUUGAGUGAUCCGACACAAGUCAUAAGAACACCUAUGAUAGCUGGUGGGUUAUUCAGUAUGGAUCGGAAAUACUUCAGCAAGCUCGGCAAAUACGACAUGAAAAUGGAUGUAUGGGGCGGAGAAAAUUUGGAGAUUUCUUUCAGGGUUUGGCAAUGCGGCGGUUCGUUGGAGAUAGUGCCGUGUUCCCGUGUAGGACAUGUAUUCAGGAAGCGACACCCCUAUUCCUUCCCGGGCGGAUCUGGGGCAGUAUUUGCCAGAAACACGAGGCGAGCGGCAGAAGUAUGGAUGGAUGACUAUAAAGAAUUAUACUACAGAUCACAACCGCUGGCGAAACAAGUGGACUUUGGAGAUAUAUCAGAGCGCGUGUCUAUCCGUGAACGUCUACACUGUAAGUCAUUCCGCUGGUACCUGCAACACGUAUACCCAGAACUUCGAGUCCCUACCUUCGGGAACUCGAUCGCUAUCAAGCAAGGGACAAAAUGUUUGGACACUAUGGGACAUCAAGUCGAUGGAACUGUCGGUAUGUAUCCCUGUCAUAAUACAGGCGGGAAUCAAGAAUGGAGUUUCGACAACGGACUCAUACGUCAUCAAUCCUUAUGUUUGGGUCUAUCUCAAGAAGAUAGCGUGUCUGUCAUACUAACAAUAUGUGACCCUUCAGACAUCAACCAAUUGUGGACAAGACGAAGAAAUCUCAUCAAACAUAAUAGCCUCGGCCUUUGCAUUGACACAGAACAACCUAUACUACACAUACAGCAGUGUGACAAUGAAAAACUAAGCCAGCAAUUCGUUUUCUAG